CAGCCUCCUCACACUCUCACACAGAUCAAACGAAACUGUGAGAGUCAUGUCAACUAUUGACUGUAACUGAGUAGAGUCUCUUCUAUCACAACAUAGGAGUCUAGCUGAGCUAUCCCGUACGCCAGAAGUGUGUGGACAAUAUCUACAGUAUGAUGCUGAUUAUCUAAGGAUCAGAGAAUUUAUAUAUUGGACAUGGAUUGGACCUUCUGGAUUUCCAUUCUUGCCCUCCUGAUCACCUCAGACUAUGUGUCAGGUGAAGACCUACUGAAGCCAGUCAAUCUGACGGUGGACAUAUGGGACGGGGAGGCGACGUUGCUUUGGGACUCCCCUGAAGGGGCCCCGCCACUGGCUCAGUACCAGGUGCAGAUGUCCAGGUAUGUCAAUACUAAUUGGGCCAAUGUGACCAGAUGUGACAGGACCCAGCUGACAUAUUGUGACCUGUCCUACCUUAUCGGUGACUUCUUCAUGCUCUACAAGGUCCGGGUUCGACUGGUCACUGAGAACAGCAUCUCUGCAUGGUCACGGAAGACGUUUAACCCCAGAACAAGUAAACUGCAGCAUCCCUCCAGUACGCUGUUGGCCACCUCCAGUUCAGUAACAGUCAGAGUUCACAGGAAGCCAUUACUAAAAAAGAUCUUCCCAUUUGGCCUGACUUAUACUAUCUACCUACGGGAUGGAGGGCAGGACAACAAGACCGUUGCCAUUCAAUUGAAGGAUGACGACGACGAGGAUAAUUCGGAAGUUCGGUUUACGUCUCUUCAUUGGGGACGGGAGUACUGUGUCAGCCUCAAAGUGGCAGGCAACGGAGGAGAAUUCACCAGUGAGGUCUCCCCUGAACAGUGCCUCCUGCUGCCAGAGCAAGAGUGGUAUAUCCUUGCUGUGGUGUCCUUCUCCAUCCUAAGCGUGAUGGGGGUCCUGGUCAUGCUUGCCCUUUGCUUCUUCCUGAGGCGUCCUGAGAAAGUGCCUGUUGCACUGAAAUCCACAGGCAGUGGCUGGCAGCCUCUCUGUGUGGGAGAUGUCCCAGUGGAGAUCGUCACAGACAAAGGCUGGUUCAUGAGCACCGCCAGAACUGAUGCCAUGGUCUGGUUUGCCGAUGAAAGGACUUCUCUAGCAGGCAAGGGAGAGCAGGAAGAAGGAGAGGACAGACGGACGAGUCUGGACAGUGGGGCUUGCACUAAAUCACACAUUUCCGGGAAUGGAAACGGAAGAAGUCCGGAAAAGCAAGAAGACAGUGGCUGUGGAAGCCUGGGAGCACCAGAGAGUGCCGUCAGCAGCAGGAGUGGAACUGGAGAGCCCCCCCUACUGGAUAGGAGGAUAAACAUAGACAUCAGCCUGAAAGAGGACAGUGGGGUGGGGCUGGGCUGCCAGUUAGGGUGUGCUGGGAGUCUACAGGGGGACGACUGUGGAAUCUUGCCUGAGAUGGUAAUGGUCACAGGGGAUGGCUACCGGAGCCAGAGUCCCUCUUCGGUGGACGCCCAUUUUACUGAGACAGAGCAGAGUCUUCAACAAAUCUCAUGCGAAACAGUUAUGGCUGAUCCUGUUGUGGGAUACAGGUCAGGUCACAUGGCAUGUGUUUGUUUGGGGGCAAGCCAAUGUGUUUGGUGCCAGACAAGAAGACACUAUGAGGUGAGUUUCGACGGACAGUCUGUAGCCCUGUUUAGUUUGACAGAGGAGCAACUAAACUUGGGCAGUCUCACAGGUGACAUAUGUGAGAUGAAGUCGACAUGCUCCAGCUAUAAAAAGCACAAUCUCCACAUAGAAACGGUGGUAAACUUGGAGGACUCAGUGACCUUUUCCUACCUGCCUACAUGCAUCGGUGAAUCCUUUCCACUCCUGACGGCUUUAUCAGAGAUGCCCCUAGUGGAGGGAGGACUGAACUGCAGUGUGAACACUAUGCUUCCUUCUCUGGGUGAUUUGGAAGUGACAUUUGGUUGACAUGGUCCACAAACUGAGGACACUGUGUGAAUAACAGAAGGGUUUGUUUAACAAUGCAGAUUGUGGCGAGUCAUGCGAUAUGUCCACAAACCCUUUGUACGCCAUUUCAAGUAAACAGUCCUUCCUAACUGAAAAAAAAUCAGCAACCAUCAUUCUAAUUGUAGCUAUUUAAGUACUUUUUUUGGAGCCUUUUGUGAAUAAAUGACCAUGUUUCUUCA